GCGAUAGCUAAAUUGCAAUUCAGCACUUGAAAAUUUCAUGAUACCGGCUGGCCUUUGAUGAAACAUUCCACAUUUUUCCGUUGAGAAAGUUUGGGACGUUCCAGACAAAGGCCAAGACCUCUAGUGAGCCAUAAAUAACAAUUUACGCCUACUUGCGCUGACGUAACAACAAAUGUUUGAGUUCAAUUGAAUGACAAUUAAGUUCGGUUCCGCCAAACAAAAGAGAAUUUUGCACGUCAUUAGAGUGCGAAAACUCGACUAUCAACAGAUGUGACGGUGGACAAGGAAAGCUUUCCCUGUUUCAGUUUUCGCUGGCCGACUUCUCGACAUUCCUACUCCAGAAACGAGCACGCGCAUCCAGUGUAUUGUUCGCCAUGGCAUUCUCUCCUAGCGGAGACUUCUUCAGCCCCGGGGAUCAAACCAGAUUCGAGAAUAUGAUGAAAUUGUUGUUAUUCCUGGAAGCAGAACUUCAGCUCAAGGAGGAGAUUAUAGAUUUGUUGCUGGAAGACGAAAAAAAUCAGGAUAUUCUCAAUGAAAAACUGGGUCAGCUAAACCGUAAAGAACAACACGACCCGGUCCUAGCCCUGGGGCGAGACAACGUCUACGAGGAGGAACUAUGGGAAGAACAUUUCGAAGCGUGGGAGUCUGGUAAGGACUCCUCGUUUGAUCACGUGGUUAAGAGCAAUGCCAGUCAGCUGUGCGCAGUCGCUGCCAUGAGGACAAUAGAAAUGGCGCAAGCGCAGCACCGGAAGUACAUUAAGACUUACAGAUCCCUUGAGAAAACUGGGAAGAGUUACAAGAAGUUGAAGCAGCAGUUGACUGCUAAAGAACCCAGGGUCGCGGCACAGGAAGCGAAUCGGGAGACUGGAUCCGAGUGGGAAAUUCGGCAACUUGAAAUGAAGAUCGGAGAAUUGCAUCUCCAGAUCGACUCCGAACGACAGCGAAACGAAGAUUUGGAACGAAAAGUCGAAGAACUGAGCACAACGAUCAACAAGGAACGAAGAAAGUGUAGAAAGAUCAUCGAGACGCUUGCUAAUGAAGUGGAAAGGCUCACUAAUUUAGUGAAAGCACAGGGACGCAAUGGACAUCAUUUGAAUGGGUUGAAAAUGAACCACGAUAGACAGGAAAACAUCAAAAUGCCAACAUCGAAUAAUCAUAUGAAGACGUUUCCUAUAUCCAACAAUGGCGAGAUGAAACAGUUCUGCGUGUUAUAGAAGAAAUCCCUGUAGAUAGAUAUAAAGAGCGUCCUGCAAACUGGAGCUUUGUACAAACAAUUUUCUUCGCACAUCAUUUACCUCAAACUUCAUCGAGUACGUUUUGUAAAGUGACUGUCACACGGGCACAGAAAACCCAUUGAACUUCAUAUUUAUGUUGUACAGGAUUGUUGUGACUGAAAGCAUUCAAUUCAUCGAAGGUUUGCUGUUUCUGUAACCAUUUUUUCAGAGUGAUAUUAUUCAUUAUGAAGAGACAAAGUUUUAAAAAUGAUGUACAAGCUUAUAACAACCGGUUUGAAGAACGGAAGCCAUUGUUAUCUUGUUGUGAUCAGUGAACUGACCUUACCGGUAGACUGCUUAUAAUAUAUUUGAUGGUUUGAUCUGAAUACCGACUCAAAACAUAAUCCACUCACGCCCCGUCCACACUACGCCGGAGAAAUUUGAAAACGGAGUUUCCACUCUGAAAACGCAUCAAAUGUUCUCCGUCCACACCACUACGCUGGAGAAAUUUUGAAAACACAACAAUCACCGGUCAUUUUGGAUUUAUGUUUCAGGAAAACUCGAGCAGGGAAAUCGCAUGGUUAUCGUGAUUUCACUCUUUUCGAAAAGCCCCGUUUUCAAAAUGUUUUCAGUCCACGCUAAAACGCAAAGCCGGUGUUCAAAUUCCUCCGGUUUGAAGAGCCUUUCGAAAAGCUCUGUUUUCGUAACGGAUUAGUGUGGACGGUAGGCCUAACCGUAGAAAUUAAGCUGCGUUUUCAAAUUUCUUUGAAAAGGUGUAGAUGGGGCCUCAGUGAGAAUAGUAGUAGAAUUUGUAUGAGCAAGUUUGGAAGUAAACAGUUUAUCCACUAUUCUAACAAAACACUUGAGAAUAUUUUGAACAAUUUGCCUCUUAACAACCCAGUGGCCAAAAAACUGCCGGAAAGCAACGCGUUCGACGCAUUUUUACUUCAGAGCUGCCGACAGAUCACAACAACCGAAUAUUACCGAUUUGUAUUCGUCGUAUCGUCGAGUGGCACUCGGCUCCAGUCGUCUACAGUCGUGAUAAUCAUUGCCAACAAACCAUUGGUCGAUGUUUGAAUUCGGUCGCGUUUUUUAAAACGUUUGGAAAACGCGUCUCGUUUCGUGCAAACUUUUACGUGGUGAAUAAAGUGAAACAGUUGUUGAAACUAUACCGUUGUCUGAAGUCCCCUGUUUGGUUAACUUGUUAGUGUUUUUUUCAGUUUCCUUCUUUCACAUUAAACAAUAAAAUUGUUUUAAAUUUA